AUGGCUGGCGGCAAAGCGGGUAAAGACUCCGGCAAGGCGAAGACGAAAGCGGUUUUCCGCUCGCAGCGAGCCGGGCUGCAGUUCCCCGUCGGUCGGAUCCAUCGGCACCUGAAGUCCAGGACCACCAGCCAUGGCCGGGUGGGCGCCACGGCGGCGGUUUACAGCGCGGCCAUUCUGGAAUACCUGACCGCCGAGGUACUGGAGCUUGCAGGAAAUGCAUCCAAAGACUUGAAGGUGAAGCGCAUUACCCCUCGCCACAUGCAGCUUGCCAUUUGAGGAGAUGAAGAGUUGGAUUCCUUAAUCAAAGCUACCAUUGCUGGUGGUGGUGUUAUUCCUCACAUUCAUAAAUCCCUGAUUGGCAAAAAGGGAC